UUAUAAUUUUACUUCUUUAGUACAAAAAAUUGGCAAAAGACUAACAAUAUAAGAUAAAAUAAAAAGUAAAAAAAAAACCUAGUUAAUUCGUCUACUUAUGUAGCAUACUUAUCAAAAAAUGGUAGUUUUAAAAGUGAUUCAACGAUCCACGUUAUCAGUCACACAUUAUAAACACGUCACUAGUGCAGAAUUAAUGAGUUAAGUUGCCAUAGGUGCACGCUCACCUCGUUACGUCACAGUCACUCUUCUCCAUGUCGUACCUGUCGAAGCACGUGUCACAGUGACACGACACUCCCGAUUAAUAGCUCCGCGGUCAGCGCGGUUCGCGACGAGCAAAAACCAAAAGAGGACUGCCUUGAAUUAUUAAAUAAUUGUUUAUGCAUUUUCUCGGAACCAGUGUACUGCAAGGAAAUCUUGUCAUCGACUAACACUUGAACAAAGAACAUUUGGCAUAAAAAAGCUUUUAUUUACUGACAGUAGGUGGAAAUUUGAACAGAGUGGGAUAUUUCCUAGUGAGAGUAAACAAAAAUAUUUGGAGGAUCUUAAUUCCUGUGGCCAGGAUGUCUGGAAAUAAUGAUAGUUUUAAUAAUAAUACCUGUGUGGUGUGCUAUAAGAAUGUUGAUAUCUAUAGCAUUGGCAUGUGCGAACACCCUGUAUGUUACGAGUGUAGCACUAGGAUGAGAGUGCUGUGUCGCCAAAAUGAAUGUCCUAUUUGCCGGCAGGAUCUGCCAAAGGUUGUGUUUACGCAAGAGAUCAAACCCUUCCAUAGUUUAACUAUGACAAACCUGCUAGACACUCAAUAUGACAUCUACUUCACUAGUCUUGAUAUCCAAGAAAAAUUCACAGAAUUGUUAGUUAAUACUUGUUCGAUAUGUAAGGAGAAACCAGUAUUUAGCACUUUUAAUAGUUUAAAAGAUCAUAUGCGACAACGACACGAGCUGCAUUAUUGUGAUCUGUGUGUAGAGAAUUUAAAGAUAUUUUCACAUGAAAGGCGUUGUUAUACAAGGUCGAAUCUAGCCACGCAUCGGAGAAAAGGUGACAUUGAUGAUAAGAGCCAUAAAGGUCAUCCGCUUUGCGAAUUCUGCGAUCAACGAUACAUGGACAACGAUGAGCUAUACCGACAUUUGAGACGCGACCACUUAUACUGUCAUUUCUGCGAUGCGGAUGGUUUGCAUCAGUAUUACAGCUCGUACGACUAUCUCAGAGAUCAUUUUCGGCAAGAGCAUUAUCUGUGUGAAGAGGGAGUAUGCGCGGAGGAGAAAUUUACGAGUGUUUUUCGAACCGAUAUAGAUCUGAAGGCGCACAAGGCCAGCGUUCACGGCAAGCAAUUGAGUAAAGCCGCCGCUAAACAAGCGAGAACAUUGGAACUGGAGUUUACUUUAGCGCCACGCGGUGAAAAUCGAAUGAAUAGAAGGGGCAUGGUGGGCGCGUCUACGUCAAAAAGCACGAGGGAUUACAAUGGUAGAGAUUAUAAUUCAAGGGAUUACCAACAAACCUCAAUACCAAGCGGAUCCAAUUCGUUUGCGUCCAACAACGAACCUAUCUUCACAAAACAACCUUCUGUGGAUGUACAGAGUACCGACGAGUUUCCCACGUUAGGUGGUAAUGCCGCCACUCCUGUUCCCACUUUGACUCAGACCAAGAGUAGAGGAAACGUGACUAUUCGCAGCACUGUGAGGAAUCAACCACUCGCUGUAACAGACGAAAACUUUCCUGCGUUAGGCCUAGACUCGACCGGUCCUGGUAUCUCGAAAACAGUAAACUUCAGCGUUUCCAGCAGCAGUAAUGCCUCAGGAUCUAGUGGCAUAGCACAGUGUCAGAAAGCUUCCACAUCCUCGAAUGUUUCUAUUCAGGUGAACCACGAGCCCAACGGCACUGUUACUACUAGAGUGUCCGGACCUAACAUUAGAAUACGUCCCGCGCAAUUGUCGAUAGAUUCUGAUUUCCCGGCCUUGGGUAAUACCGAACCGUCUACCAGUACUGCCAAUUCGACUCAGUGGAAGGAAGUCCUUCAGUGGACCUGUUCGAAAUCGGCACCGGCCAACGCAUCGGUGAAAUCCAAGAAAGUCGCGCCACCACCUUUAAUACCAUCGCCACCGCCCAUUCAGUCCGGCGAGGAUUUUCCGAGUCUAGUUUCUAAAUCGUCGAAAUCGAAAAAGCAAUCGAUAAUAACGGUAGUACCAUCGUGGGGACAGAAUUCACAAAGUUCUAGCGCUAGCAACAAUGCAAAAACGACGGAUCAGACGAAGGGCAAAACAAAAAAGAAAAAAGCGAAACAAGUUUCGAGUGGUAACAGCUCGAGCGGAAAUGAGUCUAAUAGCUCUAAGUCGAAUGUAAAUAUCGCAGCAAAGAAAGAAGUCGAGUUGGCGAAUACUGAUGACUUGGAUAAUCGUCACUAUGUCGUAUCUAAAGAGAAUACGCAAACCAUACGAGGCUCUAAUGUCACAAGCAGCGAUAAUUCCAAUAUUACGAGCGUGCAGAAGGAGCCGGAGCAUGUAAAUAAGAAGGACAGAAGAAAGAACAAAAGCUACGCGGAUGGAAAUUCCGGCAUUGCGACCGUUAUAAAUAUGGAAUCCGGAAGUGGAAGCAAUGCUACCUUGAACGGAGAAAAGCAACGAAAACGCAGCGAGCUCAAAAUAGACAGUCUGAAUACGACUAAUAAUAAUAUCCAUCGGACGGAAGAUUUUCCCGCUUUGGGUAGCACGAGCAAUAGUAGCAGACCGCCGGGUUUCACGAAUCCGCCUCCUGGUUUCGCUUCAUCGACCAUGCCGCCACCCGGUUUCACCAUCAAGUAUAACAGCAUCGAUAAAUUGCACGGCAGCAACGGCUUGACGUUCACAAACAGCUCCGGCGAGAGCUAUUCUAUUUUACCGGAUAACAGUAGUAAGCACGCCGUCCAAGCUUAUUACGUAUCACCACCAGAUUUUCAGAAACGAAAUACGUGCCUAGUGGCAAAACUUAAUGAGGUCCUUAUCGAGCAAGAUAAGAUCGAAGAAUUUCGUUAUGUGAGCGGUCUCUUUCGCGGAGGCACCUGCGAUGCCCAAGAAUACUAUAUGCAUUGUCGCGAAGUUAUGGGCACCGAUGCCUUCGAGAGCGUAUUCCCCGAGCUUUUGGUACUAUUGCCGGAUAUUGUGAAGCAGCAAGAGUUGUUCAAGGUGCACAAAAAGGAAGUUGGCGGUAAAACAAAGGGACUGGCGAUGUGCGCAACAUGCGGCCAAGUUCUCAAGAAUGGCACGGACUUUAGAAUGCAUAUGUCUAGUCAUACGCUGGAGAAUCACUUCCCGGCAUUGGGUAAUAAGAGCAAUAUGCCAUCGGCAAAAAACGUGUGGGUACGUAAAUAAGUCGAUUACACUCUUUCAUCAGUUGUCAUCGUUUAGAGACUUGAGCGAGCCAAAUGUCAGCGCUGAAAACAUUGUAAAUAUAUCGCUUUUAUUAUUUUUAUCAUCAUCCCGAGAUAAUCUUUAUUACGUAUCGAGAGUUUAUAUCUUUAUGCGAGAAUAUGUGCGUUAUAUUUAUUCCAAGAGUCGAUCAAUUCUUAUUAAUGUUAAAACGAUUUAUGCAUAGAAUUAAUGCUGAUUAGUCGCCAUAGAAUUGUUGAGUAAAUUGUGAGACGAUUGAAAUAAAAAGAAAAAAAGAAUAUACCAGAGGUUUUACAAACGAAUGUAUUAAUACUUCAAGAUGCAAUUGGCAUGAUAAGAGAAUAAGAUUUUUUUUUUUUGUUUAAUAAACUUUAUAUGAAAAAUAAGAUAUACUGAAUACAAAAAAGUCUGUUAAAAGUUAUAUGAAUGAUAAGAUAUAGGCAUAUAUAUAUAAAUAAAAUGAUGAGGCGCACUGAUAUUUCAACGAUAUUUCUGUGCUCUAUACUUUAAGACUUUAAGGCAUCUUGUGUACAUAAAGUUCGUACAAAAAAAGAAAAAAAAAUAGAAGAGGUCCUUCUAUAAUUUAUUUGAUAUAUUUCUCGGAAUAUAUAUAGAGAUGGAAUAGAUUGCUGUGGUAUAUAUACAUGAAAGAAUAACACCAUACAUAUUAACAAAUUGUUUGAUACAGUACUUGUAGCAUUAUUGUACUGUUUUGUACUGUAAUAAAGUUGUACAUUCAGUUAACACGACAAUACAUAAUUUUGAUGAGCAAGCAAA